GCAGAGCGAAAGAGAGAGAGAGGCAGAGCGAAAGAGAGAGAGCGGAGGGGGGCGUGGCGUGGCGUAGUGUAGCGUGGUGUGGUUGGGCAGAUGGUUCCUUCUGGCUCCCUUGCACUCGACGUUUACUCCUCAAACCGAUCACCGGGAACCCCUAAUUUUCCAGCCUUCAACCGUGUGUAAUUAAUUACCCGAUUCUACUUAAUGAGGUGAGCCCUGGGCGCCGAGCGUGCUAGCCAAUAACCAUGCUGCGCCAAUCUGAGCCUACCAAUAGCACGUUGCACCUGGUUGCUACGGAUAUGAGUGAAAUUAUGGAGAAUUUGGACACUCGUGAGCUGUACCUAGGAGACGGGGAAUAUGACACUACAGACUUUAAACUCCCAGAGGAGCGUCGGGGCUUUGCGUCUGUCUACAAUACUGUGGGGUUUAAGGAGGCAGAGGUCAAGGUGUUUCUCUCCUCUCCCAUCACCGCUAAGAUACUAGAAGUGGAGAGAUUCACCUCUGCACAGGACCGCUUCAAUAUCACAUCACAGCGCAGUGUCAACAAGAGUCUGCCUGCGGUAUUUAAGAUUGAAAUGAGACAUGGAGAGUUCAGCUGGGUGGUCAAGAGGAAGGAGAAACACUUCAUGGACCUCCAUAGAGAACUGCUCCGAUACAAGACUUUCAUGAGAAUACCACUACCCUCCCGCAGCCACACAGUGAGAAGGCAUAGUGUUCGGAGGUCAGAGGUCAGGGCCAUGCCCACUCUGCCACGGGGGAGCGGGGAUGAGCUGGCCCGGGAGGAACAGGUGUCCAGCAGGAGGAAAGCAUUGGAGGACUACCUGAACAAGCUGCUGAAGAUGUCUAUGUACAGAAACUACCAUGCUACGAUGGAGUUUAUAGACGUCAGCCAGCUAUCCUUCAUCCAUGAUCUGGGACCUAAAGGCUUAGAAGGGAUGGUGUACAAGCGGUCAGGUGGUCAUCGUAUCCCAGGACUUAACUGCUGUGGUCAUAGCAAGAUGUGCUACCGCUGGUCCAAACGCUGGUUGGUGGUGAAGGAUUCGUUCCUCCUCUACAUGAAGCCAGACUCGGGAGCCAUUGCCUUUGUUCUCCUGGUGGAUAAAGAGUUCUGCAUCAAAAUGGACUCCAAAGACACAGAGACCAGACACGGAGUACGGAUUGAUAGCCUUUCCAGGGCCCUGGUGUUGAAAUGCAGCAGCUACAGACAUGCCAGGUGGUGGGGUCAGGCCAUCGAGGGCUUCGUCCAGAAGCAUGGCUCUGCCUUCCUGACCGACCACCGCUUCGGUUCCUUCGCCCGACAGGAGCACAACAUCCCAGCCAAAUGGUAUGUGAAUGGGAAGACCUACAUGGCCGACGUGGCAGACGCUUUGGAGGAGGCUGAAGAAGAGAUCUUCAUCACUGACUGGUGGCUGAGCCCUGAGAUCUUUAUGAAGAGGCCGGUUGUCGAGGGAAACCGCUGGCGCCUUGACUGCAUCCUGAGACGCAAAGCGCAACAGGGAGUGCGUAUCUUUGUGAUGCUGUAUAAGGAGGUGGAGCUAGCUCUGGGCAUCAACAGUGAAUACAGCAAGAGAACACUAAUGCACCUCCACCCCAAUGUCAAGGUGAUGCGUCAUCCGGACCAUGUCUCCUCCUCUGUAUACCUGUGGGCGCAUCACGAGAAGAUCAUCAUCAUCGACCAAUCAGUGGCCUUCGUGGGUGGGAUCGACCUGGCUUACGGUCGCUGGGAUGACAGAGAGCACCGUCUGACGGACGUGGGGAGUGUGACGCGCUCUGUAGCCCUGGAGCAGGCUGAGGGAUCCUCCUUCAAGAUGGCCACCGCACCGACCAGUAGUUCUGCCCCUAGCAAUGGGAAGGGUGCUGCUGCCCUGGUAGUGGACUCAGGGGACCAGCCCAAGUUGAAGGGUCUGGGGAGAAUUAGGAGGACAGGGUUCAGUAUGAAGAGACACCUGCAGAAACAUGGACUGGCCCACGCCGACUCUGUUAGCAGUGUGGAUAGCUCAGAAGAGAAGACGGUGCGUAGCAUGCAAACAGGAAUAGGAGGAGUAGGAGAGUUGGUUGGAGAUACAAGGUUCUGGCAUGGGAAAGACUACUGCAACUUCGUAUACAAAGACUGGAUCCAACUGGACAAGCCCUUUGACGACUUCAUUGACAGACACACCCACCCCAGGAUGCCGUGGCAUGACAUCGCCUCUGUGGUUCAUGGGAAGGCUGCCAGGGAUGUGGCCAGACACUUCAUCCAGCGCUGGAACUUCUGCAAGAUAAUGAAGCCAAAGUAUCGUUCCCUCUCCUACCCGUACCUCCUGCCCAAGUCUCACACUACCGCAGGAGAGAUCAGAUACCAGGUCCCCAACUGCAUCCCUGCAAAAGUACAGAUCCUGCGCUCAGCAUCCGACUGGUCAGCUGGUAUAAAGUACCAUGAAGAAUCCAUCCACAACGCCUACGUCCACGCUAUCAAGAACAGCCAACACUACAUCUACAUAGAGAACCAGUUCUUCAUCAGCUGUACUGAUAACAGACAUGUCUUCAACAAGAUAGGAGACGCCAUCGCUGAACGCAUCAUCCAAGCAUACAAGGAGGGUAAGAAGUUCAGAGUGUACGUAGUGACCCCCUUGUUGCCCGGCUUUGAAGGAGACAUCAACACCGGAGGAGGCAGUGCUAUUCAGGCUGUCAUGCACUACAACUACAGAACCAUGAACAGAGGAGAUUGUUCCAUCAUAUCUCAACUGAAGAGAGAAAUGGACGAGCAGUGGAUGAACUACAUCUCGUUCUGUGGUCUGAGGACCCAUGCUGAACUGGAGGGACGCCUGGUCACAGAGCUCGUCUACGUCCACAGCAAGAUGCUCAUCGCAGACGACAACACCGUCAUCAUAGGUUCGGCCAACAUCAACGACCGCAGCAUGUUGGGGAAGCGUGACAGCGAGGUGGCGGUGAUCGUCGAAGACUCGGAGACCGUUACCGCGGUGAUGGAUGGACAGGAGUACCAGGCCGGUCGCUAUGCACUGGCACUACGUCUAGAGUGCUUCAGGACUAUCCUAGGGGCCCAUACUGAUCUGUCUAUUGACGUGUCUGACCCUCUCAGUGAUCACUUCUACAAGGAGAUUUGGAUGACCACCUGUGCUCGCAACGCCACUAUCUAUCAGAAGGUGUUCCGGUGCCUUCCCUCCAGUGAUGUCAGGAACAUUCUGGAACUGGAAGGCUAUCUGGCCAAGCCGGGGUUGGAGAGGGAGGAUUCUGCACGCGCUCAUGAGGAGCUGAAGAAGAUCCGUGGCUUCCUGGUCCAAUUUCCGCUCUACUUCCUAUCUGAGCAGAAUCUACUUCCUCCCAUCGGCUCCAAGGAGUCCAUGGUCCCCAUGGAGGUUUGGACCUGAGACUGAGACCAGAGACUUUACACACACACACUCCACAUUCAAUACCAGAGAACUCUACCAGUGUCUGGAGUGAUGAGGUCAUUCCACUCUGGAGUGUGUCUGAAAAGCAGACAGCACCUUCACGUUUACAUUAAAAAGAAGAUAACAAAGGAGGAGGUGAGGACAAUGGAGUGAUUAACUGUGUGACCUUACACAUACCUGUCUGUGUAGUUUAAGGGAAUGUAACGGACUGCUCUGUAACUGUUCUGUACUGUUUACUAACACUAUGGAUCGCCGUGAGGGCUGGAGAACGCAGCUCAGACUCCUCUGCGUGAUGUUUCUAUGAAAACAUACUAAGGCCUUAGAAUAAUGUAAGACAAAAAAAAGACGAGGGAGAAAAAAAGGAGAGUGUGAUAUCAGAGACUGUUAGAAAGGGAGGGGGGAGGGGGGGGGGGGGG